AUGCCCAAACGCGCUCUAGACCUAACAGCCGACUCGUCCGACUCCUCAGAGUCGUCCUACACGCCCUCGUCGCGCCGCACGCGCGCGCGCUCGUCCUCUCAGUCCGCAGAGUCGUCCUCGACUGCCGCACGCUUCGCAGCCGCUUCACCGUUCCUUGCGCCGCGUUCGAAGCUGCUUGGGGGAGUGGGAACGGGGCUGGAGGACAAACCGAAGCUGGGAGUCGAGGGAGACGCGGUGAAGGGCAAGGGUAAGGCGAAGGUGAAAGUCAAGGGUCGCGACGUCCCGCUCGACACCGACUCGCCCGGCUCUCCCUCAAAGAAGAAGAAGAAGAAGAAGCGCAACCCGCUCGGCGUCUCCGCGACUCCGGACGGGGUUCUCUCGUUUGCGUUCCAGACGAAGGACGGCGAGGCGGCCAAGGCGAGUCAGGACGAGCAGCGCAGAAGUUUCGAGUUUGCGGAGGGGAAGGUGUUGCUUACGACGUAUGUGAAGGAGAUACGUGGGAGGCCGAGGACGAAGCCGAAGCCGCAGACCAAGGGAAAGGCGAAGGGAAGGAGGAAGCGGCAGGACUCGUCGACCGAGUCGAGCGAGUCUUCCGACGACGACAGCGACAACGAGGCGAAUCGGGUCGACCUUGAUACGAUCAUCGGCUCGGACCCCGACAAGCAAGUCGUCCGAGCGCUCGUCGUGUCGCCAAGGAUGCAAGUUCCGUGGACACCGCACCGUUUCGCGACGACUCGCGAGAACAAGCCGCGCCAGAAGAAGAUCAAGGCCGUCAAGAGCGACGAAAAGGAGGACGAGGAGGACAAGAAGGAGGAGCAGAAGCCGACGUUCACGCGCCACUAUGCCGACAAGAUACCGCUCCUCUUGCUCCACGACGAGGCCGAUACGAGCGACUGGCAAGAGUGGACGAACGUCGUGACGCAUAGGCCUCAUGCGGACGUCGGCAAGAGCAAGAAAGGCGGGAUGGAGGCCAAGCUCGUCCUGAUGGUCCGCCGCAACCCUCCGAGCCAGCGCCACUCUCUCCGCAUCGCGAUCCACACGUCAAAGAUGGACGCGAACACCUGGAAGAAGACGGAGAACUCGAUCUGGGUUCAAGACUUUCCGCAACUCGUUUCCGCCCCUCUCGCUUCUCCGGCGCUCAACCCGACUCACACGCCUUGCUCCUCCGGCUUGCUCGACUUCCUCCUCUCUGACGCGAUCGGUUUGCCCAAGACGGCGGCGUACAAGCCCUACACCGACCUCUUCCGCAUGUUUGACUUCUCCUCCUCGAAGGACGUCCGGCUCGCCACCUCCCUCGCGGGGUCGUACGACGGCUCGGACGCGGUCGAGCAAGGUGGCAGAUUGACGAGUCUCGCGAGAGCUAUCGAGGGCUUGCAGCCGCGCGACAAGGGCAAGUGGAAGGUCGAGUACCUCACACACACGACAGAUAAGAUCUCCCUCUCGUUCGUCGAGCAACUCUUCGCCGCGUUCUGCGGCAUCCCACCGACCGAACACUCGCUCUCGUCUUCCUCGCGCUCAAAAGCGCUCGCCACCUCCUUCGCCGCCUCGAAAUCGGACAAACUCGUCGUGCUGUUCCCCUCGGAGGGGAGUGUCGAGGCAGCUGGCAAGGAGGGGAAGAUUGGGAGGGAGGAGUUGAGGUGGGAGGGAGAGGAGUGGGAUGAGUUGAGGAAGAAGGAUGCGAGGGGAGAGGUCUGCAGGGAUGUCGAGCUCAAGAGCGGGAGGGUAGGGCAUCACACCGUCGCGCUUGUUAUUCACCAGCCGCUCGAGAAGGACAAGACGGAGGACGACGAGGAGCAGUAUGAGGCGUUCCUCUACGUUGGCUCGCACACGCUCACCCCCUCCGCCUGGGGUCUCUACACCCUCCCGACUCCCUCCUCUCCCUCUCUCACCCCCUCCCUCACCCUCCCACAAACACACCUCGGCGUCCUCCUGCGCCUCUGUACUGCCCCAACCUGGCCGUCGCUCAAAUCCCAGAUCGACGAGAUGGUCCCGUGGGAGAGGCCGGUGAGGAAGUAUGGAGCUGGAGGAGAUGGAGGGCCGGCGAGGAAUGUCGAGAGGAAGGAGAGGAAGAAGGCGGGGAGGCCGAGGAAGAAGCGGGUCCAUGUCGGUGAGGAGGAGGACGACGACUGA